UUGCGUCUAUAAACCCUCUGCAGUGAAUUACCUGAAUGCGCAGUAGUCAUACAGUGGUUCUUCGAAGCUCUCAAACACGAGAAAUGAGUUCGUAGCAUUUCAAAUUCUCCAUCCAACACUAUGCUUGUGCAUGCUAUUUAGGGUUUUAUAUAUACCAAAUUGAGCUCCCAACAUGUGCUACUCUCGAAUCUUUUCUCAUUCUCUAUUACGCCAUUGCAGAAGCACUUAUCAAAACCCUAGAUUUCAGGGGUUAACGCAACCCAAAACUAUACUCUUCUCAACAUCUUCUAUACACAUCACUGUAAACCCUAAUUUUACUCGGGAAUACACAUCGUCUGCCCAGGAAUCGAAACCAGCUCCGUCGGAGAGGGUUUCGGCGAUUGUUGAUGAGAUCUCCGGGCUCACUUUGCUUGAAGCGUCCGAUUUGACGGAGGUUUUGAGGAAGAAAUUGGGCAUAAAUGAGAUGCCGGUGAUGGCGGUGAUGAUGCCGGGGAUGGGGUUCGGUGUGCAGGGUGGGGGGAAGGGCGGUGGAGCGGCGAAGGAGGAGGAGAAGAAGGUGGAGAAGACGGCUUUCGAUUUGAAGCUCGAAGGAGGGUAUGAUGCGGGGUCAAAGAUCAAGAUUAUUAAGGAAGUGAGGGCGUGUACUGAUUUGGGGUUGAAGGAAGCGAAAGAUUUAGUGGAGAAGGCGCCAACCCUUUUGAAGAAGGGGGUGACGAAGGAAGAAGCAGAGAAGAUUAUUGAAAAGAUGAAGGAGAUUGGUGCAAAAGUGACGAUGGAGUGAGAUUCUUAGUGGGAAGGACCGAAGGACAAUACGGGACAGAGCGCAGAGUUGGGGCACGUGGAUUAUUAAACAAGAGCAUGUAUAAUGUUGGAAUUACUAAUGGCGAGCAAUGAAGUUUGCUGUAGGUUUUUUGAUGCUGCAGAAUAUUUUUGUUGAAAAUAUGUUCCAUUAAUUUAGAAGAUGGUCAUCCGAGCUUGAGCGAUAUUCAUGUGCCACCCUUCUGUUGUGGAACCGGAUUUUGAUGAUAAAGUCAAAUUUAUGAAAGAUUUCAGAAUCGUGGUUUUUACCUUA